AUGCCUACGACCAGGCAACGUACAAGCUCCAUGAGAGUACGCGCAGCUCAGCUUCCCGAACCGGCGAAACCCGACACUGCUGGGGAUUGGGGGCCCAACUUGGUGGACUCGCUGAGGCGAACCGUGGACGCCAAGAUCCAGGCCACAUGGCAGAAGGUGAGGCGGGAGAAGAGGGCCCGGAGAACCGCGACGAAAAAAUUGAAAUGCGGCGAUGUUAUAAUUUCCGGUGAAAGCGAGGGGAAGGGUGCGGAGGCGACGCCUUCACCUGCCGAAACGGAGAGGGGAAGAUAUGGGUUGGGACCCGAUGAUGAAGUUGGUUCGGCUCCAGAUGAAGUUGGCAGUAAAGUUAUCGACCUCAAAUGGCUUUUGAAGUCGGUCGGACGUCGGAGCGAAAGGAGCGAGGUCGGAUCUGCUGUUUCAUUUCAGCUCGACAAUGAUGACAUCGGGAAAGGUAAGAUUGAGACCUGUCGACUGAGAUCGGAGAAGAAGAAAUCGAUUCCACCGACAAAUCAGAAAUACGGUGGUAAAUCGGAGGCCAGUUCAUCCAGCCCAAGUGGUGUGCCGGAAAAUCGAACUUCGGCGGCUGCUUCAAAAUCUUUUGACCGUGGUCACCCCAGUGGUAUGUCGGGAAUUCGGCCCUCGGCGGCUGCGAUGAAAUCAGUCUGUUUUGAGGACGGUGGUCAUGAUUUCGGACCUCAGCGAUACGGCAUGGUCGGGCCCCAAUUUAAAUUUUGGAGGUCUGACGAUGGAGAUGUCAGCCGACUUGACUUGGAGUUUGGAUUCGAGCUUUGCUGGUGUUCCCUCGUUGACCCCGUCAUCUUUCUCUUGUCUUUAUCUAAUGAAAAAUCCCUUCAAAUUUUCCGUGAAUUGUCCGACGUUUUGGCAGAGAGAUUAAUCGGAUCUGAAGGUUGCGCUCCCAAACGGAGAGGAGGUCUUCUUUCUCGUCAAAAUUUGGGACCGAGUCGGCCAUGGGAUACAAAGGUCGGCCGGUGGUUGUAUGGUUGGAAAGGUGAGGAGUUCGGCCCGGCUCUGAGGACGUGCUCAGUGUUAAAGAGGUCGGCCCGACCUCGAGGUCGGGCUCGUUGUUGCAGACCUCAGCCCGACUUUGAGGUGGAGUCGGUUUGGUUGUGUAGCUUGGUGGCUGUUUGA